AUGUCAGACUCGACGCCUGAUGGCACUUCGCCUCGAACCUUUGCGCUCAACCACUUGAGACCAAAAUCAAGUUUCAAGGGAUGCUCCCGUAUUUCCGACUAUGAAUUGCUAGGCAAGCUGGGAGAGGGAACCUUUGGUGAGGUUCAUCGUGCCCGCCAGCGCAAGACUGGCAUACAUGUCGCCUUGAAAAAAAUCAUCAUGCAUCAUGAAAAGGAUGGCUUUCCCAUUACCGCCCUUCGCGAGAUUAAGCUCCUUAAGCUCUUGUCGCACAAGAACAUCCUGAGGCUCGAGGACAUGGCCAUCGAGCACCCUACCAGACAGACUGAUAAGCGCAAAAAGCCCAUCGUAUACAUGGCCACUCCCUAUAUGGAUCACGAUCUUUCCGGUCUUCUCGAUAACCCCUCGGUCCAUUUCAAGGAGGCGCAGAUCAAGUGCUACAUGCUGCAACUGCUCGAAGGCCUGCGAUACCUCCACGACAGCCGUAUUCUGCACCGAGACAUGAAAGCUGCUAAUCUGCUCAUCAACAACCAAGGUAUCCUUCAGAUUGCCGAUUUCGGUCUCGCUCGACACUACGAAGGAGAUGUUCCAAAGGCUGGCCAAGCCUACGGCGUAGGAAAACGUGAUUACACUGGUCUGGUGGUUACUCGAUGGUACCGACCACCUGAGCUUUUGCUACAAUUACGGCAAUACACCCCCGCUAUUGACGUUUGGGGAGUAGGCUGUGUUUUGGGCGAGAUGCUCUUCGGAAAGCCCAUUUUGGCUGGCGAAAGUGACGCACAUCAGCUGGACAUGAUCUGGGACCUGAUGGGAACUCCUAAUGAAGACAACAUGCCCGGGUGGAAGCAGUUGCCUGGGGCUGAUCAUCUGUCACCUCGACCACGAACUGGCAACCUCCAGAACAGAUUUCGAGAGUACGGCUCGGGCGCAGUCUCACUAUUGAAAGAACUUCUUAAGCUGGACUGGCGGACACGAAUCAACGCAGUGGACGCUUUACAACACCCGUGGUUCAAGAUGGCGCCUCUGCCAUUAGAGCCCCACGAGAUUCCCGUUUAUGAAGAAAGCCACGAGCUGGACAGAAGAAAGUUCCACGACCGCAAAGCUGCCUUGCCCCCUGCCCCCAAAGGUGGGACUGUAGGUAUUGGCCCAGAUGCGAAGGGCGCCACAGCGGGCUUCAACAGCAACGAGCCUUACGGAAAUGGCGUCCCGCUUGGCAACGAGAUCGAGGCGCUGGGUUACCGCCACGACCGCCUCCGAACGAUGACACGGACUAUCGUGAGCGAGGACCCCCUCGUGGUAGAGGAGCACCUGGGCCAAGAGCCCCUCCAGAUGUCGACACGUACAUACCCGCCUAUAAUCGGGACGAUCCAGGCCGACGGAGGGAUGACCGCCCUCCUCCACCACCCAGAGAUGAUCGCCGGCGACGCAACAGCAGAGAAGACCGACGAUACGAUAGAGACCGUGGCACCAUCAGCCGCAGUAGGUCACCCAGGCAUGAUCGUUCAAGAGAUCGAGACAGGCAAGACCGUGAUAGGCCAGACCGUGAUGCAUACCGGAGAUAGAAUCCAGCAUCAGCGAUACCGCCUCACGUGUACGCAGGCCACAAAGGGAAGAGAGAUCCAGUACCACCACAUCGAGGAGGGAUGA